CCACAAGAAAACUUAUCCUCUCAAAGUAUAAAUACAAAAACUGAAAUGGCUUUCACAUACACAACAAAUGGAAGCUCUCAAAGCUUUUUGUUUCCGAAUCACAACACCAACCACACUCCACACUACCCAAAUCUUUCAUCUUCAGUCAUCUUCCAAACCCACCCAUUGGAUUCACAAAAACACACUAACAUCCAAGCUUUUCAGCACUUUAUCAUCCUCACCAUCGGCAGUUUCAGAAAACCCCACGAACCCGAAUCUUGAAACUGAAAAUGAGGAGGAGAAAUAUGACUGGUUUGGUCAGUGGUAUCCGAUAAUGCCAGUAUGUGACUUGGACAAAAGAGUGCCGCAUGCAAAGACGGUGAUGGGUGUUGAUGUGGUUGUGUGGUGGGAUAAGAAUGAGAGUUCAUGGAAUGUGUUUGAUGAUGCUUGUCCUCAUAGAUUGGCACCCUUGUCUGAAGGCAGGAUUGAUCAGUGGGGAAGGCUGCAGUGUGUGUAUCAUGGUUGGUGUUUUAAUGGCUCCGGAGACUGCAAAUUCAUACCUCAGGCACCACCUGAUGGACCUCCGGUGCACACAUUCAAGAAAGCAUGUGUUGCUUCCUAUCCAUGUGUUGUGCAGAAUGAGAUAGUGUGGUUUUGGCCGAAUUCGAGUGCUGAGUACAAAGAUAUCCUUUCAAGGGAGAAGCCUCCAUAUAUUUCGGAACUGGACGAUCCGUCGUAUACAAAGUCAAUGUCAUGUAGAGAGUUUCCUUAUGGGUAUGAAAUCUUGAUUGAAAAUCUAGUUGACCCGGCUCAUGUCCCAUAUGCACAUUAUAAACUUCUGCCAAAUCCACCUUCCAAGAACAGUGUUAGGCUUGAUAGAGAAGGAGGAUCGCCACUCGACUUGAACAUAGAAAAGUUUGACAAAAACGGCUUUUUUUCUACUCGAUUUGGCGGUGAAAGUAAAUUUAUAGCACCUUGUACAUAUUAUUCAGCAUUUAGUCUACCUCCUCCUGCAAAGGCAGGUAAUGCAGCAGUGUCCUCCGGUGGCAACAAUAAGGAGCCAUUGUCAAAUGUACCAAGACGUCGAGGCGUUCUACUAUUUUUCUGUGUUCCGGUUGGCCCGGGUAAAAGCAGAUUGAUAUAUGCAUUCCCAAGAAAUUUUGGAGUCUCGAUUGGCAGAAUUAUUCCGAGAUGGGUGUCUCAUUUGAUGGAAAAUCUGGUUCUUGAUUCAGAUUUAUAUCUUCUUCACUUAGAGGAGCGAAAGAUCAUGGAUGUUGGUGCAUUGAAUUGGCAAAAGGCUUGUUUUGUGCCAACAAAAUCAGAUGCUCAAGUAAUUGCUUUCAGGAAGUGGUUAAGAAGGUAUUCAGAUGGUCAAAUUAACUGGGGAGUGAAGUUCAGUGAAGCAGUUCCACCAUCUCCGCCCAAAGAACAACUAAUGGACAGGUACAGGUCACAUGUCGUAAACUGCAGCAGUUGCAGCGUCGCAUACAAACGUCUCAAUGCGCUGGAGGUCGGUUUGCAGGUUCUAUCCAUAGUUAUAAUCGGCAUUGUUGCCGCCAGCAAACAGAGUUUAACAUCUGCAGUUGCAAGAACAGGGCUUGUCUUAAUGGCAGUGAUAUGCUUUGCAGCUUCAAAAUGGUUAGGGCACUUCAUAUAUAAAAGUUUCCAUUUUCAUGACUACAAUCAUGCCCUUCUAUGAUAAUGUUUUUCACAGAGUGUUCGCAACAGGGAGCUUCUUAUAUCAUUAUAAGAUUCUAAAUAGAUUUCUGUAAAUGUAUGUGAUUACUUGUUCAUCAAGGAAAAGAAUAUUAAUAUAAGCUAUUCAAGUGUAUUAUUUGUC